CUUAGGGUUACGUCACACGUGACGCUGAGUCAUCCCCCACUCGAAUUUCGCACUUGGGCUCCCAAACUUCUAGCCUUUUGAGUGUCGCGUUGCUCUUCUUUCGUCGAACAACCACAUCCGACCGACAAAAUGUCUCCCGCCGGAAAGCAAAAGAAGAAGUGGUCCAAGGGCAAGGUCAAGGACAAGGCCCAGCACGCCGUCGUCCUCGAGAAGAACGUUGCUGAGAAGCUCCAGAAGGAUGUUCAGUCUUACCGUCUGAUCACCGUCUCGACCCUUGUCGACCGUCUCAAGAUCAACGGCAGCUUGGCCCGUGCCUGCCUUGCUGACCUUGAGAAGAACGGUCAGAUCAAGAAGGUUGUUGGUCACUCCAGCCUGCAGAUCUACACCCGCGCCGUCACCGCCGAGUAAACGUUUCCUUUUCGAAUUUUCUCGCGGUUCUUUUUUCCUUUGCUACGAACGAUAUCAUAAAAUCCUGGGAAUUUUGGCUGGGCGAAUAACGAUGGAUUGUACCGGAGUGAAUGGACAGUCGCGCUACUGAACGUGUUAAGUAGAAUGGA